UAUUUUUUUUUUUUCUUUCUUUUUUUCGCGUCCCAACUCUUGACACACCGCAAUUAUUUAUUGUUCUCGCCACUAUCCACUACAUACAAGCGGUUUCCGCUCAUGUUAAUGCUCUUGUUACACCAAUGUGUGUUAUGUUGUUUGAUAUUGCGAAUCUUGUGAAGCUUUUAUGUCGCGACAUAUCGCUCUUCUCGUAGAGAAUCAAAGCGCGUAUUUACGUAUACACGAGCAAGUAUGCAUCCGUUUAUCAAACUUUUCUUCGCGUAUCUAUUGCGAUAUCGGGAUAAACAUAACCCUUAAAUUCAACAUUUACGCAACGUAUUCAAGUUGCAACGAGCGAUGUAGUUAGAUUAAAUCUAUCGGUCUGUCCGAAACAAAAUAACAAUAAAUAGAAACCUAAAAUCAUUCUCUUGAAUAAUUGGAAUGACUGUAUUUUAACAGAAAUUGUUAAUCAAUGUUUUUAAUGAUGUUAAUUCGCGUUAAUAUACAUUGCCUGCAAGAGCAAUUAAAAUAUUGACCAUGCUACUUAUAUAAAUAAAAUAUAAUUCCUAUGAUUAUGACAACAAUGAUAAUGUUUCAUUGAGCUACUCUCAAAAAUGUCGUUUACCAGUGGAUUACAUGCUUAUGAGGAAUGUAUAUCCGAUGGGAUGAUUGCAACAAUCAGCUUCCAAGAUAAACAAUUGGAACAAUGCACAGUGAAAAAAGAAUGUAUCGAGGAAAGUCUGGUUGUAGGUGAAGAAAUAGUUGUGGAUACAAAUGGAUAUUUGCCAGACAAAAUUGAGUGCAAGACGAAUGCACCUAUGUAUUUUGAAGAGAAUCUGGAAACCCGUGACAAUGUGGCUGUAGAUUAUAAGGAAUCCAUUGUUUCCGUUCCAUUGACAGAGAGUUUGCUGGAGGAGAAAUGGGAUUGCGAGACAAUUGCUGAAUCAUCUUGGAGGGAGAUCAAGAUGGAGGAGCAAGAGAGUGAUGAAGAAACGAUUGCCACUUUUGUCACUGCAGCAGGACAACAAUUGGCUCUCUAUGCUGUGGAAGACUCGGACGAGAUAUUUGCUGUGGCUGUUUACGAUGAAUCUGGCGAGCCUCCGAGUAAUUUUCAAUUUCUCAUGAAAGCAGAUGUAGAACGACUAAUAGGUGAAGGAGCCGUGCGAACGGUGAAAAAACCGUCGCAGAUGAAGAAACGGCUAAUAACUACUCAGCCGCCGGUAUUUUAUCGCAAGGAGGAUUUCGAAGAAGUCAACGAGCAAGCGAAUGAUAAGAUCUUUACUCACGAUACGCCAAUCAAGAACAGCAAAAAGAGCAUUGUGCAGGAAGGAGAUUGCGGAAUAGUACACAAUUAUAAAACCUGCCAGAACUAUAAUGAUUCUGUCAAGAUUAAUUCAACAUCCAGCGAUGGGACCCAUGUUACUGAUGAUGAACAAUCGGAUAUCACGUAUUUUAUGAUGGAUAAUAAUUCCAUAAAUAUCGCCGAGCAAUCUGAUGAGAGUCAGGAUAAUGGCGAACACAAGGAUGAACUGAUGGAACGUUCGACCGUACAAUAUAUUCUUUUAGAGGGCGACCAUCAAUCAGAUUCGGAGCUGACGUUCGACGAGAUUCAGGCGACGUUGCAGAAUCUGAAGACCUUUCGCGAAAAGGCAUCGGAAAGAAGCGAAAAAAAAUCUGACAAAUUGCAAGACGACGAGUCGUUAAACUUCCCGCAGGACUUUCUACAUGAUUCUUCGACGAGCAUCGAGCCAUCGAAUGAAGACAUGGACGAAUUAGACUUGUACAUGUCACCGAUCAACCGUGUUUCUGUCACGGAGGACGAUCGGCAGCAGUUGAUCGAUACGUUAACCGAUUCGCCGCCAUCGACGAUGAUGACAGCGAGCACUCCGCAACCACAACUGAAAGUCAAGCGAUCGCGGAAGCAACAAUUGAUCUCUGUAAACCGAGACGACGGUGAAAUCAUCAUCCAGCCAGCGUCAAUGUUAAGCGAGGAAGAGCUGACCAACAAGAAACGCGGCAGGCGGCGACGUCGAUUAUCGACACAGAUGCGCGUCACCAUGCCCAACACAAAGAGGAUCAAACGAACGAAGCGGCGAGAGGUCGUGGAAGUGAUCGACUUGGAUGCCGACGAGGAAGAGAAGCAGCCAAAGCACAACGUGGUAGAAAUCACCUUGGACGACAGCAAAGACAAGUAUUCCAGUGACAAGGAAAACGAGAUUAUCAUGGUGAGAGACUCGGACUCUGACAACGGCGAUGAUGAGGAGGAGGAAGAGGAGGAGGAUGAUGAUGAGGAAUCCGCCGAUGAUUUGACGAAGCUCAACGACAUGAUGCGGUGCGAGCAUUGCUCCAGGAAUUUUCGGCAGCGACGUGCCUUCGACACGCACCUUAGAAUUUGCCAGAAAUCACCGGCGAAUGCUCUCAGGCUCGGUGAGAGGAAGGCCAAAGACAAGAAGGGAAAUCAGAAGGUUAGGAAGCAAUACGCCUGCAAAAUCUGUCAGGAAAAGUUCGACGUGGUCGUGGCCCUGGCGCGUCAUGUUCGCGCGGCGCAUUCGCAGAGGAAAAAGCACAGAACCCAGGACAAAUCCUGGAGAUCGAUUCAACGGAAGGAAGCAACUUCAACAGAAGAAGAGGAAGAACUGAGUGACAAUGACGACACACCGAAAAGCGAGCUCAGUAUGCUGGCCAGAGUGAAGAGAAAACGGAAGCAAAGGGGCAAUUCCUCGUGGGAAACGAAAAAGCUCAGCUGCACGGACUGCGGCCGGUGGUUCCCAAGUUCCGCUUUGCUGGACGCGCACAGUUUGCAGCAUGGCACUAAGAAGUCUGAGCAAUUGCGCAGGUGUCAUAUCUGCAAGAAGCUGAUCAAGUCCAGAAUGCUGUUCUUGCAGCACCUGAAAAUGCAUAGCGACACGCCGAGAAUGCUGCGGCGGAGAUUGCGCGCCCGCCCGAAUGCGCGUAAAAUCGCAUCUCCUCGGAAAAGAGGUCGACCGCGAAAGUUCUGAUCUUUCUUUCAUCGCGCGAACGAUAUGUAUAAUACUGUACUCGUACCACCGCUCGGAGCUUUCUGACCCGUUAUUUUAUUCCUCAA